UUUUGAGAAAAUGGGAACAACUUGUAGUGAUUGCAAUAAGGUUGAAGAUGAGAUUACAUAAGAAAGCAGAUAAGUAACGGAACCAAUAUCGUAUCGUUACUUUUCAAAAAGUCAAGCUUAAUAUGCUUUAAAUAAUACGUAUGAAUUUAAAUAGUUUUGAAGGGAAGAGGAGCUGAAAAAAAAGAAAGAGAGAGAGAAGAGGUUUACUUUUGAUUUUGAUGAUGGAAGCAAAUAUAUAGGUGAAUGGUUAGGAAAUAAGAGAGAUGGUUACGGAGUGAUGGAAUGGAAGGGUAAUGAAGUAUCAUAGAAGAAUAGAUGGAACGAAAUAUGAGGGAUAUUGGAAAAAUAAUAAAGCAAAUGGAUAAGGAAGAUUUUUGCAUAUAGAUGGGGAUUAUUGUAAAUUAUUUUAAUAAAAAAUAGAUGAAGGAUAAUUUUUAGAUAAUUUAUGUUCUGGAUAUGGUAUCUAUCAAUAUUCUAAUGGGCAUAGAUAUGAAGGAAAUUGGAAAAAUGAUAAAUUCGAAGGUUAAGGGAAGGAAUUUUGGCCAGAUGGAAGUUAUUACAUAGGAUAAUAUGUAAAUGGAGAGAAAUAGGGGAAAGGAAAAUAUAUUUGGGCAGAUGGAAAUACUUAUGAUGGGGAUUGGUGUAACAAUAAAAUGAAUGGAUAUGGGAUUUAUAAAUGGAGCAAUGGUUGUGUUUAUAGAGGUGAGUGGCUUGAUAAUAAUAUGCAUGGAUAAGGUGAAUAUUAAUGGCCAGAUGGAAAGAAAUAUAGUGGAAAUUAUGAAAAUGAUAAGAAAAAUGGCUUUGGAAUAUUUUUAUAUAAUGAUGGGAGAAAAUAUGAAGGUUAAUGGUUUGAUGGUAAAUAGCAUGGAGAAGGAAUAAUUUAUGAAUAGGACGGUAACUAUAAAAAAGGAGAAUGGAGAGAAGGAAAGUUAAUUAAUUAUAUGGAAGUGAAUUGA